AUGGAGAACAACGAUAACCAUAUAAGUUACUACAAGACAACAAUAACAAAUACUAAUUAUACAUUUUUUUAUGAAGAUAUUUCCCAAAAUAAAAAUGAAAAAUCCAAAAAUUAUGAAUGGAAAAAUGAAAAAAAUAGUAAUGGGAAAAGAUCACGAAAAAAAAAUUACCAAGCAAAUUCAGGUUAUAAUCAAAAUAAAAAACGUGAAAUUUAUAAAAAAGAAAAAAAUCAGUUUACAGAUAAUGAAAAAAAUAAUUAUUAUACUAUACGUGAUAAUAAACAAAAAAAACUAAAUCUUAAAAAUAUAAAAAAUAAUAUAUUUUUUGAUAAUAAUAAUGAAAAUUGUCAAGUCACAAAUAAUAUACCUAAAGUAAAUAAUUCUGAAGUUAAUAAUAAGCAUAAUCAUUAUUCGCGUAAUAAAAACAAUUCGAAUAAUUUUAGUAAAUAUAAUCGUAAUAUAGCUGCAUUUAUUAAAAAUGAAAAAAGAGCAUAUUAUGAUAAUAAUGGAAAUAUCAAUUCUCUAAGCUCUCCAACAAAUAGUGAUGAUAAUUUCAGACUAACAAAAGAAUUACUUGAAGAUUUAGAUAAACGAAAUAAAGAUAUGGAUGAAGAAAAUAAUGAAUCAUGUAAUAAUAGUAAUAAUAAUACCAACGAUUUUUUAAUUUAUGUUAAAAAAAAAAUUGAGGAAAAAAAAGAAAAUGUUACAAAAAGAAGAAAACAUAAUUGGGAUAAAAAUGAAAAUUAUAAAGAAAAUAAUUUUGGUAAUAAUAUAAAUGAUAAUUAUAUUUUAUUAGAUAAACAAAAUAACGAUUGUAAUAAUAUAGACAACAGCUAUAAAUACACCAAAGAAGCUAGUAGUGAUGAUGUAAAUUAUAAUGAAUAUAUUCAUAAUAUUGAUACAUACAAAACUAUUAACAAUGAUAACAUUUCAGCAUUUAGUGACGAAUCAACUAGAGUUUUUAUUAACAAAAAAAAUAAAGUUAGUAUAAAUAUGUGUGAUAAUCCUUGUGAUAUGUGGUAUGGAUUAAAGGAUAAAAAUGGAAAAAAUGUUUUUAUCGAUAGUGUGAAAAAUAGGGAUAAUAAAAAACAAAAAAAGAAAAAAAAAUUAUCAUCAAAAACUAAAAAUAUUAAAAAAUAUUAUAUUAAUAAAAAAAAAGGAAAAUAUGAUAAAUGGGGAGAUAAUUAUUACACAAUUGCAAAUAGUGAUACCAGUAGUAUUUCUGGUAAUACAAUAGCUACUAUGCACAUUGAUGGGAAUAAUAAAUAUAAUAAAAAAAAUAUGUUUUCAAAUUCAAAAAAUAAUAUUCCAUAUAAUAGUAACGGUAAUGGUUAUAAUAAUGACAACAAUAAUAAUGCUCCCAAUUUUAAAAUUUUUUACAAUAAAAAUAAUCUAAGUAAUGGUCAAAAUGACAAAGUGCAAAAAAAAAAUAUACCAAAUCACAACUAUCAUCAGCUAGCCAAAAAUGAUAUAAAAAAUAAAAAUAAUAUUACAUGGUCAGGUAAAAAUAAUAUUGUUAAUAAUAAUGGCUGUAAUUAUGGUCAUAAAUCCCAAUUUGAAUUAUCAAAAAACAUCAAAAAUAAUUAUUAUGAAAAUAAAACAAUAAAUACUAGUAUUAGAAUCAAAUUGCCUGAUAAUAAAAUUGGUGCCUUUUCUGAAAAUUGUAAUCCAUGCACGUCUGAUACAAUGUCAAAAUCAUUGGAGCUUGCUAACAAUGGUGUUAAUGGUGACCUGAACAGUCAGAAUAUUAACAAUACCCAUAUAAACGAUACCAAAUUUAAAGACAACUGUAUUAACAGUAAUGAUCAUAAUAACGAUGAUAACAUUAAUGACUAUUAUUAUCAUAGAGGCGAAAAUAAAAUAAACAUGCUAAGUGAUUAUAUGAAUAGUGCGCUAAAUUCUGCAGUAAGUUAUAGUGAGCCCAACUGCAAUACUCCUAUUGAAAAUAAUCACAUUAACUGUUCAGAAAAUACAUUCCCAAGUGCUAUUAAUAAUAAUGUUAACCAAAAUAAAAAUUAUGAAAAAAAUAUAUACAAUAAUAAUAACAUUCCAACAUGUAAAAAAAAUAAUAAUAUGAAUUAUAAUUUAGAAUUACAUCAUUUAAAAUUAAAUAAUAUUUCAAAUUAUAGCGAAGCUAACAUUGUCGAAUACCCCGCUCAAAACAAUCAGUCAAGCAAUGCACUAUUGCAUACAGCAAUUGACGAUGUUGGAAUAAAUAACAGGGUUUAUUAUUCCCAAACAAAUAAUAAAAAAAAUGAAUAUAAUGUUGAAGAUAUUACCAUUUCCAAUAAUAGCGAAACGCAUGGAAUUGGCAAUCUCAUAAAUUAUAAUGAUAAUAAUAAUGCUAGUAAUUUGCGCUCGAAUAUUUUCUCAAAUAAUUGUAAAGAUAACUCGAAGGAAACACAUAUGACAUAUUCUUCGAUAGUUACAAAAUCCUUACCCCAUAUAAAUGAUAUGAAUAAUAAUUAUACAAAAGAAACAAAUCAAGAAUAUACAAAUAAUACCAGUUACUACAAUACUAUUGUGAAUAAUAAUAAAGGGCACGAAAAUAUUGUUAAUAAAAUAGGAGAUAAUAAUAUAAAUAAAAAUGAUUUACAAAAUAGUAAUGUGAAUAUGAAGAAUUCAAAUAAUAAUAAAGAUUAUAUGUAUGAUGAUCAGAAUCAGAAUUAUAAAAAUUAUUAUUAUAAUAAUACUAAAUUUGAUUUGUUUUAUGAAAUGGAUGAUGAUAUAAGAAGGCGAAAAAAAAAAAAAAAAUGGAAUGUCUCAUAUGAAUAUAAAUCUACUUUUAAAAGCGCAAGAGAACGAGUUCAAUCCAUAUUAGCCAGUAAAAGGGGUGUUAAAUAUUGA